AUGGCCCAGGUGCAGCUCAUCUUAUCCAGCAAACACCGGAAGAGCGCCGGGAAGAGAUCUAGGACAGGUUGUCGUACCUGCCGCACUAACCGAGGACUUUCCAUGCCCAGAAUCCGACGGAUCAAAUGCGAUGAAUCGCCAGGACAAUGCAACAACUGCGUCUCUGCUAACUGGACGUGCGACGGAUACGAUGCGUACCGGUUGCCGCAGCGCCGAGGUCUACAGGAUAUAGGCACUCGGCUGGGUUGGAUGAUGACGUCGGAUGAACACCGUUGUUAUUCCUAUUUUCAAUAUCGUUCCGUUACGAAUCUGGCCGGGUUCUUCGACUCCCCACUCUGGCAGCAGUUGGCCCUACAGAUGUCUCGCACUGAUCCGGCUGUAUUUCAUGCGGUGAAUAUGUUGAGUGCUGCGCACCAGGAGUCGGAAUUGCAUAAUAUGCAGAUUUCUGCACGGUCACGCAUUGGGAGCCAGCAGUAUUACUUUUCUCUUCAGCAGUCCACGCGGGCCAUCGCGCUCCUGAACCAGCGCCGGAACUCCCAGGAUCCCCAGCUGCGCCAAACCAUCCUCCUGUGCUGUCUGCUCUUUGUUCUAUUCGAUGUGCUUGUCGCGCAGUAUGACAGUGCGUUCACGCAUUUACACGGCGGUCUCCGUAUUCUAAAAGAACUCGAAAUCCAAGGGAAGCUGGAGUCGGAGGUUGAGCCAUCAAUAGUUGCCGCAUUUCGCCGCCUGGAUACACAGGCCUCUCUCUAUGAUACUCGGUUUCCGAUCCUAAGCCUGGAGUAUGGGAAUCAAUCCCCGCUUAAGUUGUUCGAAGCACCAACAGGCGGCUUUACUAGCCUUAGCCAGGUACGAGAGAAAAUCACAGUUCUAUUCACAGCGGGUAUACCCUUGGUUGCAAGGAGCUGGAGCCUGAACGGUUCCAACAUGGAGACCAACUACGAGUCACUCUACCAAAGUCAACGGCGAUUGCUAGAUGCUUUCGCUGAGUUUGACCUACAUUUCACGUCUUUCCGCGUGACAAAAUAUCAUCAGUUAAGCGAGAAGGAGCAAUUGGGAGCAGAUAUCACCUACUUGCUUUACCUUGGUCACACUCUCACACUCAAAACUGUGUUAAUUCGUGGACCAGUGCCAGAGUCUCUGGUUCCGGAAUUCCUUGCGCUACUUCAGGCCCAUGAAGACAUGAUCGAGAAGCUCAAGUCCGUCUCGGGCCUUGUAAUGGACCACGUCAUGAUUGCCCACAUGUACCUUGUGGCCACACAAUGCCCAGACGUGGGGAUUCGCAUACGCGCUAUUCGUCUUUUGCGGUCAUGGCCACAUUACGAGGGCCUUCACAGCUCCAAUGUCACUGCUCUGAUGGCGUUGGGUGCGCUCAAAAGGGACUUUCCCAAUGAAGACAAGGCCUUGUCGAUGUUGCAGACGACUGACGCGGAGAAUGAAUUUCUCGUCGACUCCUUGGAGUCUAUCAAGAAUGGCGUGGGAGAACCUACAAUUCCGCUUUUCAGGAUGUCUGAGUUGCCGUCACGCCCAUGA